UUUCAAAUAUAUUUUUUUCCCUUUAAGCAUUGGUUUUUAAAUUGUUGUAACAUUUAUGUGAAGAAGUGCAAUCAACUUAAGUGAGACACCUUAUUGGGCAAGCGUUUAAACUGAAUACUACCCUUUUGAUUUUUCUACAUUGCCAGUAUGUUUACUUCAGCUGGUGUAAUUUAUUAUGAUGGUUUGCCUUUGUGGUUUCAUUUGUAUAGGCGUCUUUUGAGAGAAAACAAAACAGUUUGUGCUUUUUUUAAAGUAACAAUAAAGUAACGAAGAAACUUUAUGUUAUAUUUCUUAUAUUUUCUAAGAUUUAAACAGUGUCAGGAGCCUAGAUGGAGUGUUCAUUCAAAAUAAUGACUUUGGGAGUUCAUCCAGUUCUUUGACAUUUUAGGGUUGCUGUUCUUAUCAUAGUUUGAGCCUUGAUUUGAGGAUAAGUGGCGCAAAAGAUAAGCCGGGUGCCAUGGACAAGAAGAAAGGAAAGAUAGGUACUCCUGUAUGGAGGCCAGUAUGUACUCAAGCUAGUUCUGUUGAUGAGCCUGUGAUAAAGGAUGUAAUGUUUGAGUCAGAAACUGGAUGUCAAAUGCAAGAAGUGAAUGAGGCGGUGGCUGAAGUUACAGAUGCAACUGUCAGUUCUAAGGCCUUGGAGGAUGAUAUUGAAGCAUUAAAAGAUGAGCCAGUGCUUUCAGCUGCAAAGCACUCACUUUCAGUUGAGGUUGGUGCAUCUGUAAUUCGAUUUUUUAUAGGAAAAAGAGGAUCUACAAAGGAAAAGAUUGAAAAGGAGACAGGGGUUCAGAUUAUUCUUCCAUCAUCUAAGCAGGAAGAUUCUAUUAUCAUUGAAGGCACUUCAGCUGAUGGUGUAACUAAAGCUUCAAAAGAGAUACAACGUAUAAUUGAUGAGGCAGUUAAGACUCCAAGUUUUGAUUACUCUCACUUUGUAUCUCUUCCAUUGGCUAUACAUCCUGAGUUGGUUGGCAAGCUUGUCAACUUUCAGAACUCCAUAUUGGGAAUUAGUGACGCUUGUGUAGAUGACAAUCUGGAAGGCAACUCAGAUGGAGAUCUGUCUGAAGAUGAUGCUCAGGAGCAGCAGUUAGGUAAAGGAUCUGACAUUGCAGUUGAACUUAAAGUUGCUGAUGACAAGAAAAGUGUUAAGGUGGAUGUAAAUGGCAUACCUCUUGUUAGUUAUGCACCUAAAGACCCUGAAGAAUCAAAGUCUUCUAAUUUAUCAGACUUGAGAAUUGAGAAGUCCAUAUUUAUUAAACCUGAAACAUUUCACUUGACGGUGCUCAUGUUGAAGUUGUGGAACAAAGAACGAGUUAAUUUAGCAGCUGAAGUAUUGCAUAGUAUCUCCUCAAAAGUGAUGGAUGCAUUGGAUAAUCGACCUCUGUUUGUAAGACUUAAGGGUCUGGAUUUAAUGAAAGGCUCUUUGACCAAAGCCCGAGUCAUCUAUGCUCCUGUGGAAGAAAUAGGCAGUGAAAAUCGACUUUUACGAGCCUGUCAAGUUAUUACCGAUGCUUUUGUGGAGGCUGGGCUUGUUAUGGACAAAGAUGCUAAACAUGAAUUAAAGUUGCAUGCCACCGUGAUGAACGUAAGGCAUAGGGAAAGGAGAAGGUGGAGACAGUUUGAUUCCUUCAAUGCACGAGGCAUUUUUGAGCAGUUUGGAUCUGAGGAAUGGGGCGAGUAUCUCAUUCGUGAAGCUCAUCUUUCACAAAGGUUUAAGUAUGAUGAGAAUGGUUAUUAUCAUUCUUGUGCUUCAAUACCUUUUCCUGAAAACAUGCAAGUUGACUGAUUCCCUUUUUAAAAAUAAUAAAUGAAAGGAAUACAAUGAACAAGCCUUUUAACUUGUGGCAAAGUAUCGAUAGUAAAACGUCAUGUUGCAUGGCUUGCUUUGUUUUGUGUAUUUGAUAAAUUAUAGAAGGAUUUAAAUUCUAUGAUA